GCCGCCUCGGAAAGCGGCGGCGGGGGCCGAGCGCGGAGCCAGCGCGCCCGGCACCCGGGGGCGGCCCGGGGCAGGGAGAGAAGCAGCCGCGGAGGCCGGAGAUCGCUGCCCGGAGGAAGCGGCCGCAGGGCCGGGAGGGGGGCCGGGAUCGGAGCCAAAUGGGGGGCUAGAGAGACCCCCCCCCAGCCAGCUCCGGGGCAGCAGGGGCGGGGGGCGGGUCUGGGGAUUAACCCCCCCCAGCUUUGUGUGUAGGAAACAGCAGCUGUUCCCCCCACCCGCAUGGAGCCGGGGGCAGAGCCGCGGGGCCCGGAUCUCCAGGGAACGGAGCUCCCCGGUGGCGCCCGCACGGCAGGUGCCGGGACAGAGGAGGAGAAUCCCCAGCAGGAAGGGCCUGUGGGAACGGAGUCUCGCGGGAGGUCCCAGAGCCCUGCGUGGGGCGACACCGGUUGGGUGGGACAGCAGCAGGGAGACCCCACGGGGGAGACACCCGAAGGGGCAGAGGACCCCGAGCUGCUUCCCAAACCCCUCAAGGGGCAGAAAUCCACCAUCUGCCCUGACUGCGGGAAGAGCUUCGGGAACAGCUCGCACCUGGCCCGCCACCGCCGCACGCACACGGGGGAAAAGCCCUACACCUGCCCCGAGUGCGGCAAGAGCUACCGGCAGGACUCGCACCUGGCCCAGCACCGGCGCUCCCACACCGGCGAGCGCCCCUACAAGUGCACCGAGUGCGGCAAGGCCUUCUCGCAGAGCUCCAACCUCAUCAUCCACCAGCGCACGCACACCGGCGAGCGCCCCUACACCUGCGGAGAGUGCGGGCGCAGCUUCGGGCACAGCUCGGACCUGGCGCAGCACCGGCGGGUGCACACGGGGGAAAAGCCCUUCCCCUGCCCGCAGUGCGGCAAGCGUUUCGCCCAGAGCUCCAAGGUGACCCAGCACCAGCGCUUCCACACCGGCGAGCGCCCCUUCGGCUGCCCGGACUGCGGCAAGGCCUUCCGGCUCAGCGCCGACCUGCUGCGGCACCGGCGCACCCACACCGGCGAGAAGCCCUACGGCUGCGCCGAGUGCGGCAAGCGCUUUGUGGAGAGCUCCCACCUCAUCCGGCACCAGCGCACCCACAUGGGCGAGCGCCCCUACCGCUGCCCCCAGUGCGGCAAGGGCUUCAACCAGAGCUCCAACCUGCUGCAGCACCAGCGCACCCACCGGGGCGAGCGCCCCUACGUCUGCGGCGACUGCGGCAAGGCCUUCGGCGUCAGCUCGGCGCUGCUGCAGCACCGGCGCACCCACACCGGCGAGCGGCCCUACCGCUGCCCCCAGUGCGGCAAGAGCUUCAGCGUCUCCUCCACCUACAACAUCCACCGGCGCACCCACACCGGCCUCAAGCCCUACGCCUGCGCUGACUGCGGCAAGGCCUUCAGCCGCAGCUCUGCCCUGCUCCAGCACCAGAGCACCCACACCGGGGAGCGGCCCUACCACUGCAGCCACUGCGGGAAGGGCUUCGGGCAGAAGGCGGCCAUGGCCCAGCACCAGAGAACUCACCUGGGCCAGGAGCUGACCGGAGCGAUCCCGCUGGGGGACUGGGGUGCGGCCCAGCUCGGACAGAGCCAGGGGGAGGAGGAGGAGGAGGAGGGUGAUGAGGCAGGAAGCAAGGAGAGCGCCGGGCUGGGGUGAUUGGGACCAGGGCACCGGGAAGGGAAUAUGUGCCUGGCCGGGCAAUGAAGGGAAAAGUGGAAGCUGCAGUGGACGCUGAGGGGAUUGGUAGUAGGAGGAUCACUGUGACGGCUCGAGGCUGCUUGGUUCAAGCUCCAGGGUGGAAGGGGAGGGGAGUACAUGUCUGGGGGGAAUGGGUGCCAGGGGACAGGAAGGCCCAUACGUGUCUGGGGGAAACAGGAAGGGCAGUACAUGUCUGGGGGGAUGGGAAGGGCGAAAUGUGUCUGGGGGGAACAUAAGAAUGGCCAUAUUGGGUCAGACCAAAGGUCCAUCUAGCCCAGUAUCCUGUCUACU